GUAAUUUAUUAUUUAUUUUAGCUACUCUAGUUACAAGGAGGAGAAAUGUUCGCACGCGAAAGUCUACGUGGUCUGCGUAAGAAUGUGUCGAAUGUCAUAAGCAAGCACGGCAGAGCCUUCAGUAAUGACGAGCAGCGGUAUUCAAGGAGAUUUGUGCUGACAACUGUUGUAACGGGAUCCCUGUGUUGUGGUUGGGUUUUCAACACCCUGAAAGAUCGUUACCGCACCAUCGACAUCAAGAGAGAAUUCCAUGUGCAUGCUAGGAACUCCUCCUCGCCAAGCCGAACCUUUUCGCUGAGUGAAGUGGCCAGGCAUACUGAUGCAAGGCACGGCGUGUGGACCACUUACGAGGACGGUGUCUACGACUUGACCGACUUCAUUGAGAAGCACCCGGGCGGCAAGAAGAUGAUUAUGCUUGCUGCAGGGUCAAGGCUGGACCCGUACUGGAAUAUCCACGACUUUCACAAAAGGGAUGACAUUGUGAAGAUCCUCUCAGAGUUCCGUAUAGGAAGCUUGAGGAAGGAGGAAAUAAAAACAAGCACCGGGCUCAACCUCGACGACCCCUACUCCAGGGACCCCAAGCGGCAUCCUGCGUAUACAAUCUAUUGCAACAAGCCCUUCUUAGCGGAACCCCCUCUUGGACUACUCGGACACAGUCUUAUCACCCCUACUGAAGUGUUUUAUAUUAGGAACCAUAUGCCGGUGCCGUUGAUAGACAAAGAUGGGUAUAAACUUGAAAUUUCGGUCAAAGGUGUAAGCACGAAGCUAACGUUCGAAGACCUCAAACAGUACAAGAAGCGUACAAUUGUAGCCACCUUACAGUGCGCUGGUAAUCGCUGCAACGAGAUGGCUGCUGUUAACAGGGAGGACUUUGUGGACGUGGGGGGUGGCCCUGCUACUAUAUCCACUGCGCAGUGGGGAGGGGCGUUGCUUAGAGACGUUCUUGAGAGCGUUGGUAUAACUGACAGUGUUGUCGAGCAAGAGGGUUACAAGCACGUCCGCUUGGAGGGUCUUGAUCAAGAUCUGUCUGGCACAAAGUACGAAGUGUCUAUCCCCAUCCACAUUGCCAUGUCACCCACAGGAGAUGUCAUGCUGGCCUAUGAGAUGAAUGGCAAAGAGCUUCCCCGGGACCAUGGGUAUCCUGUGCGGUGUUUGGUCCCAGGGGUUGCGGGGGCAAGAAGUGUUAAGUGGCUUGGGAGAGUGAGUUUGAGUAAACAGAAAAGUCAAAGCAUGUGGCAACAAACGGCGUACAAGGGAGUGCCUCCAUGUGCAAACCAGAAAACAGUGGAUCUACAGGUAGCAGAAGACAUUCACGAGCUACCAGUAACAUCCGUCAUAUGCCAUCCAGAAGAAGGGGAAACACUUCUCCGAGAGGAGGAGGAAGUCACUAUCAGUGGCUACGCCUGGAGUGGGGGUGGGCGUGGCAUCGUUAGAGUGGACGUCUCCCUGGAUGGGGGUAAGACGUGGAACACCGCCUCCCUGGACGGGGUCAAACAGCCCUAUGGGAAGGCCUGGGCGUGGUCACUGUGGGAGUUAACUGCCCCCCUCCCGGCACACGGCGACCGCAUGGAGAUCAUCUGUAAGGCUGUGGACAGUUCUUUUAACGUUCAGCCGGACACAGUAGCACCGAUAUAUAACUAUAGGGGAUAUCUAUGCAAUGCAUGGCAUAGGGUCAAUGUCACACUAGGAGAAAAACGCUUAUGACCUCACCUGGUCAUAAAAAUAAACAUUGUUGGUAUUUAGAAAGAAUACAUCAUACUCUUUCUGGUAUGAGGGGUACUCUCAAUAUUUUAGGACUAAGAAAAUGACAUAAAUACAGAACAUAACAAAAGGCGAAAA